UAUGUUUUAAAGAACGAGAACUGAAGACUUGAGAGCUCAAAACAAUAUCAAUAAAGCGAAAAUUUAGGUGUUCUUUUUGCCUCUCUUUUUUUGGAGUGAUGGCGAAUGUAGCUGUGGAUGAAGAUCAGCAAUGGCUAAUUAAUUGCUUAUCUGCUACUUUGGAUCCUAAUCAGGAGAUCCGUUCGUUUGCCGAAGCUUCCCUUGAUCAAGCCGCUCUUCAACCAGGUUUUGGCAAGGGAUUAUCGAAGGUUGUUGCAAAUAGAGUUCUUCCAUUUGGACUGCGUCAGCUAGCUGCUCUCAUUUUGAAGCAGUUCAUCAAAAAGCAUUGGCAGGAGGGUGACGAAUCAUUUCAACAUCCUGCUGUUUCAAGUGAUGAGAAGGCAGUUAUCCGCAGACUUCUUUUGUCAACUUUAGAUGAUCCUAGUCGGAAACUUUGCACGGCAAUCAGUAUGGCUAUAGCAUCUAUUGCAGUCUAUGACUGGCCAGAAAGUUGGCUAGACUUAUUGGACUUCCUCCUGAAGUUGAUUGGUGAUCAAAGUGACUUGAAUGGAGUGCAUGGUGGUCUUAGGUGCUUGGCUCUUCUCUCUGGGGAUUUGGACGAUACAAUAAUUCCAACAUUAGUACCCGUCCUCUUCCCUCGCCUGUAUACCAUUGUAUCUUCUUCUCAGAUCUAUAACAAAUAUUUGCGCACAAAAGCCCUCUCUAUUGUUUAUGCUUGCACUUCCAUGUUGGGGGCUAUGAGUGGUGUAUAUCAGGUCGAAGCUAAUGCAUUGAUGGAACCAAUGCUUAAACCAUGGGUAGAUCAGUUCUCUCUUAUUUUGGAACAUCCUGUACAGCCUGAAGAUUCUGAUGAUUGGAGCACUAGAAUGGAGGUUUUGAAAUGCUUGAACCAGUUUGUUCAGAAUUUUCCUAGCUUCACUGAGAGCUUAUUUAUGGUUAUUGUGGAGCCACUAUGGCAGACUUUUGUAUCAUCUCUGAGAGUAUAUACACGAUCAGCAAUUGAGGGUACCGAGGAUCCCUAUGAGGGCAGUUAUGACUCUGAUGGUGCAGAGAAAAGUCUUGAUUCCUUCGUUGUUCAGCUGUUCGAGUUCCUGUUGACUAUUGUGGGUAGCACUAAAUUGGUAAAGGUCGUUGCAAAUAAUAUUUCAGAAUUGGUAUAUUACACUAUUGCUUUUCUGCAAGUUACAGAACAACAGAUCCAUAUGUGGUCGACGGAUGUUAACCAAUUUGUAGCUGAUGAGGAUGAUGUCACUUACAGCUGCCGUGUCUCUGGUGCACUUUUACUAGAGGAGGUGGCAACUUGUUGUGGGGAAAAAGGUAUUGAUGCUAUUAUUAGUGCUGCGGGGAGAAGAUUCAGCGAGUCUCAACAAGAAAAAGCUGGUGGUUCUGUAGUUUGGUGGAGGCUAAGGGAGGCUACUUUGUUCGCUCUAGCUUCUUUGUCCGAGCAAUUACUUGAGGCAGAGGUUUCUGGACUUAAAAAAGUGAGCUUAGGGAACCUUCUAGAACAAGUUGUUACUGAAGAUAUGGGAAUUGGGGUACAUGAAUAUCCAUUUCUUUAUGCUCGUAUGUUUAUAUCAGUUGCUAAAUUUUCCUCUGUGAUCAGCAGUGGAAUUCUUGAACAUUUUCUCCAUACUGCUAUGAAGACAAUUGGCAUGGACGUCCCUCCAGCUGUGAAAGUGGGUGCGUGUCGAGCACUUUCACAGCUGCUUCCUGAAGCAAACAAGAGUACCAUUCAGCCUCAGAUGAUGGGUUUAUUGUCAUCACUGACAGACCUUCUUCAUCAGACUUCUGAUGAAACGUUACACCUGGUACUUGAAACACUGCAAGCAGCAAUUAAAGCUGGUCAUGAGUCAUCAGCAUCUGCAGAGCCUAUUAUUUCUCCUAUAAUCCUCAAUAUGUGGGUGUUGCACAUUUCGGAUCCUUUCAUUAGUAUUGAUGCAAUUGAAGUUCUGGAGGCAAUAAAAAAUACUCCUGGUUGUUUUCUUCCUUUGGCUUCCCGAAUUUUACCAUAUAUUGGGCCAGUAUUGAACAAACGUCAACAACAGCCAGAUGGACUAGUGGCUGGGUCAUUGGAUCUAUUAACAAUGCUAUUGAAGAAUGCUCCUACUGAUGUGGUAAAAGCAGCUUAUGAUGCUUGUUUUGAUGCUAUUAUCCGGAUAAUUCUUGAAAGUGAUGAUCACAGUGAAAUGCAGAAUGCAACAGAAUGUUUGGCAUCUUUUGUAUCUGGUGGCAGAAAAGAACUUCUUGCUUGGGGUAGUGAUUCCGGAUUUACAAUGCGGAGUUUGCUUGAUGCAGCUUCAAGGCUUCUCGAUCCUGAUUUAGAAAGCUCUGGGUCUCUAUUUGUUGGCAGCUAUAUCCUUCAACUUAUAUUGCAUCUCCCCUCACAAAUGGGGCAGCACAUUCAAAACUUGAUUGUUGCUCUCGUUAGACGUAUGCAAUCGGCUUCGAUAGCAGGAUUGAGAAGCUCGUUGCUACUUAUUUUUGCUAGAUUGAUUCAUUUGAGUGUCCCAAAUGUUGAACAGUUUAUCAAUUUGCUCCUCACCAUCCCAGCUGAAGGCUAUCAAAAUGCAUUUGUUUAUGUAAUGUCAGAGUGGACCAAACAACAAGGGGAGAUUCAGGGGGCAUAUCAAAUCAAAGUUACAACCAGUGCUUUAGCUCUAUUGCUCUCCACUAAGCAUCCUGAAUUAACAAAUAUUAAUGUCCAGGGCCAUCUGAUUAAGUCUAUGUCAGGGAUAACCACUCGCUCAAAAGCUAAAUCUGCUCCGGACCAGUGGACUAUAAUGCCACUUCCAGCAAAGAUAUUGGCUUUACUUGCUGAUGCAUUGAUUGAAAUACAAGAACAAGCUCAGGAUGCCGAGGAUGAGGAUAGCGACUGGGAAGAAAUUCACGGAGACAUGGAUGCUGAUAAAGAUUUGCUAUCCUCAGCUGCUGCUGCCGCACCAUUUGGGAAGUCUGGAUAUGAGCAUCUUGAAGUGAUGGCAAAAGUGUAUAACGAGAAUCAAGAGGACGAUUAUGAAGACGACACACUAAAUGUUGCAGAUCCCCUUAACGAGAUUAACUUGGCAAAUUAUCUCACAGACUUCUUAUCGAAGUUCUAUCAAAGCGAUCGACAACUAUUCGAUAAUCUUUGUCAGAGUCUGACACCCGCCGAACAAGAUGCGAUCAAGAUUGUUUUAAACCGAUGAGGUACUUGUCUAGCUCUACUCUUUCACUAGUUUCCAUCGAGUAUAGGAAUUAGGAAGUCCAUGAACAGCAGUUGAGCUUUAAAAUCAGUGAUGUAUUUUUUAUUGAUUAAUUGGUUGUGUGAAGCAGCAAAGCUCCAAAUCUGAGUUUGCUAUGCAUGCUGCCCCCGAACUCUGAUUGUGAUGUGAGUUUAUCUUUUUAAAUUUUUAUAGUUUU